AUGUCAUUUCCUGCGCCAAUUAUCAUUCCUGCUGUGCGGAAGCAUACAGCAACAGUCAUUGUCGCUCAUGGUCUUGGUGACUCGGGCGAUGGCUGGGUCUGGCUCGCAGAAAAUUGGCGUCGACGCCACAAGUUUGAGGAAGUGAGAUUCAUCUUCCCUCACGCGCCGAAGAUACCCAUCUCCAUGAAUAUGGGGUUAUCCAUGCCUGGAUGGUAUGAUAUUACACAACUCACUGAUCUUCAAAGCGCUCAAGAUGAACCGGGAAUCCUACGCUCAAGAACCUAUCUUCAUAAUCUCAUUAACUCGGAGGUUUCGGCCGGCAUACCAGCCGAUCGUAUUGUGAUAGGAGGCUUUUCUCAAGGAGGUGCCAUGGCUAUUUUUUCGGGUAUUACCAGCCCAAACAAACUUGGCGGUAUAUUUGGGCUUUCAUGUUACCUUUUGCUGCAUUAUAAGAUUCAACAAUUUGUCGCCGAGGCAGGGGAUACGAGAGACACCAGGAUAUUUAUGGGACAUGGCGAUGCGGAUCCUCUGGUAAAGCCUGAGUGGGGAAGAAUGUCAGAAAGUUUUCUGAGUAACAUGGGAUUCAAUGUUGAUUUGAAAAUGUAUCCCGGACUAGCGCACUCUGCUGAUCCACAGGAAAUAAAUGAUUUGGAGGGCUUCCUCAAUUCAGUCAUACCGCCGUUCGAAAAAGACUCUAACUAG